UUCCACCUCCACCUCAAUUAUGUAGUGAUACUUUACUGUACAUUCAAACUUGUGUGUAUUAUCAGAUCCUCAUAUAAAAGUAUCAGAGUUUUCCGCUUAGGAUACGUGACAUGAAUUGCGCAAAGAAACUUAUUUUAAGCAGAAAGGUUAUGUUACUAUUUGAAAUACGUGCACCUAAACUUGAGUACGAAAUAACUGGUGCCUGUUUCAGACCACAUUUUCGGUAUUUCCACAGAGAGAACAGAUUAAAUCGAAUGGCGGAUGGUGAAGAUGGAAAUACCGUGAAAUAUAGUGCUCUGCGGGCUAUGAAAAUCACGAGUGGGGCAACGGAUGAUACGAAACGUAGAAAUAUCGAAGACAGUGACGACCCGGAUUCAUUUUUUUCUAUUACAGAAGGUUUAUCGAAACUACCGAGCACAGAAGAGGACGAAUAUCGUGUGAAAGUGUUGCUUAAUGAAAUUUUAACUUUGCGUAACACCAAUAUCAGUAGCUGGAUUAUUGAGAGUAAAGUAAAAAACUUGUGUGCAGCCUACAAAUGUCUUCUAAAGCCUCACAGAUAUGGCUUUCUCAAAGCAUUGUCUACCGAGCAUUCUGUAGAUCAUACAGCAGUCAGAAAAGCAGCAGAAUGUUUACCAAGUUCAGAGACUUCAUGUGACACUGCACAGAUUCUGAAGGCAGAGGAAAGAUUAAGGAACUUCUUGACACCACCCUACUCCUGGCUUUUCACACAUGUGAGUCGGCUCGAAACAGGUGUCAAAUUUUUGGUUGACUUGCGUACCGAUAUCUUGUCACUUAUUUCUGAGACCGAAGUGGGGAAUCCUUUGCUCCCAUCACUCCAACAGCUGAACAUCACACUGAAAGAAAUGCUUGCUCUAUGGUUCUCUGUAGGAUUUCUCAAACUUGAGAGAAUUACAUGGAGAUCACCAUGUGAAAUGUUGCAGAAGAUCUCUGAAUAUGAAGCAGUACAUCCAGUUAGGAGCUGGACUGAUCUGAAAAGAAGAGUUGGCCCUUAUAGGAGAUGUUUCGUGUACACCCACACAAGCAUGCCAUUUGAGCCAAUAGUUGUCCUGCACACAGCACUGAGUGACAACAUAGCAAGUAGUAUGCGCGGUAUUGUGUCUGCUGCUGCACGCAUGUCAAUUGACGCCUCAGCUUCAGCAACUGGAAUUGGGCAUACAGAAUGUGAAGAUCCUUCAUCUAUAAAAGCAGCUAUAUUUUACUCUAUAACAUCAACUCAAAAAGGAUUACAGGGUAUUGAAUUAGGAAAUUAUUUGAUCAAGAGAGUUGUACAAGAAGUCCAAGCAGAAUUUCCACAGGUGACAAAAUUUUCAACACUUUCUCCAAUUCCAACAUUUCGUCUAUGGUUCCUGGAAAAGCUUAAGUCUGAAGAAAAAGGUAGUGGGCCCUCAACUAUUUUCACACCUUCUGAAAUUGAGGAGCUACGAUCACAUUUGAAGUGUGAGAACAUAUGGGAAGAACUGAGAAACAUUUGCAAAACAGGUGGAUGGAUGAACAAUCACGCAUUAGUUGAGAUGAUGGAAGCUCCACUCAUGCGUAAUUGUGCUCGUUAUCUGUAUUUGGAAAAAAGACGUGGGUAUGCAUUUGAUAGUGUUGCAAAUUUCCAUCUCCGAAAUGGGGCUGUAAUGUGGCGUCUUAAUUGGAGAGCUGACUUAACUGCUCGUGGUUUAAAUAAUUCCUAUGGAAUGAUGGUUAAUUACAGGUAUUUUCUAGAUGAAACUGAAACAAAUCAUCGAAACUACCAAGAAAAGCAAUACAUUGCAGCCUCAGAGCAAAUUAGCAAACUCGCAACAGCAGCUGCGGAACUAGUCUCACUUCCAUCAAAAAUAUAAUUACCAUUGAUAUAUGGUUAAAAUGUUUCCAGUCCAUUUGUUACCAUUACAUGCGAAUAUGCUAGGCUGUGCAGUUCUGUCUUUGACUAGCAUGUAAAUAAUGGAAAGUUGUGAUUUGAAAUAGUUUUGGAAACAAGUGAAAAUUAAACUGUUCAUUGUUUUAUUACUAUUAUUUACAGUUUGUUUUACUGCUUAUGUGUGGUCUUGUAGUCCGUGCAGUACCACUCUGCUGAAUGUUAACAAAGGUCUGAACACACGGAACAGAGUCACAAAUAUGUGACUAGCUCAAAAGACUUUCAGAGUGAUGGAACCCUGUGCAUUUUUCUGGACGGUGACUAUUCAUCAGAAAGAAAGGUAAUGUCAGGAGUGCCCCAAGGAGGUGAUAGGUCCACUUUUGUUCUCUGUGUACAUAAGUGGUAUAUCAGAUAGAACGGGGCACAGUCUAAGACAGUUUUGCAGAAGCUACUAUGUGCAGGGGAAUAUCAUCGUUGAAUGACUGUAGGGGCUUGGACAGAACCUUUUAAUUUGUGUGAUGAAUGACAGUUUAUUUAUUUAUUUAUUUUUUAAAUGGGGAUAAAUGUAAGUUAUUGUGGAUGGGUGGGAGAAGGAUUCCUCUAAUGGUUGAAUGCCAUUCUGCUUGACUGUCAGAUUGAUCAAGUAUCUAGAUGUAAUGCAGUGACUAGAAAUUGAAUGUAGUACACCUAAAAAGCAGACAGCAUACAGAAUGCUUGUGUGGCCCAUUCUUGAGUACUGCUCAGUUCUUUGGGAUCCUCACCGCAUCAGAUUAAAGAAAGACGCGGAAGCAAUCCAGAGAUGUGUUGUAAGCUCUGUUACCAGCUGAUUCAUUCAGUAUGAAAAUGUUAUGAAAAUGCUUUGUGAACGUAGAUGGGAAUCCCUGAGAGGAAGAAGGCAGUCUUUCCAUGAAACACUAUUGGAAAAUUUAAAGAACCAGCAUUCACUUCACAUCAGGACUCUAAGAACGAAAUAAGAGAGAUUGGGAUUUGGCAUAAAAAGAACUACAUUAGAAUUUAUAAAUAGGUACUAGAAAGAGAAGCGUGACUCAGAAAGACGUGCUGUGUUUGGCCAUUAAAAUAUUUCACUGCUCAUCUAGCGACAUGGAGAAUCCUGCACAUAGAGCUAAGUAUGAAUUGCCAUUUGUAAAAUAAAAUUUUAAUAAAUCAAA